AUGCAAUGCCAGAUUGUGUUUCAAACUUGGAAGGAAAAUGAUGAAAGUUGUGCAAUGAAUGAGAACAGAAGCGGUUUGAAUAUUCAACAUGUGCUGCUGUUGCUACAUUUAACUGUCGCGAUUCAAGAUAAAUCUUUCUUCUUCCGACAUAUUCGAUCAAACGAUAAACAGCAAGCAGGAGCAUUGAAAGGCUAA